AUGCCUGUCAACAGCACUGCUGUGCUCUUGGCCAGCGUUACCUAUAUCACUGUGGAGAUUCUCAUCGGGCUCUGCGCCAUAGUGGGCAAUGUGCUGGUCAUCUGGGUGGUCAAACUGAACCCUAGCCUGCAGACCACCACCUUCUAUUUCAUUGUCUCCCUAGCCCUGGCUGACAUUGCUGUUGGGGUGCUGGUUAUGCCUUUGGCCAUUGUCAUCAGCCUGGGUGUCACAAUCCACUUUUAUAGCUGCCUUCUCAUGACCUGCUUGCUGCUGAUCUUCACCCACGCAUCCAUCAUGUCCUUGCUAGCCAUUGCUGUGGACCGAUACCUGCGGGUCAAGCUCACAGUCAGAUACAGGAGAGUCACCACGCAAAGAAGAAUAUGGUUGGCUCUGGGCCUUUGCUGGCUGGUGUCAUUCCUGGUGGGAUUGACUCCCAUGUUUGGCUGGAACAUGAAACUGACCUCAGCGAACAAAAAUCUCACCUUCCUACCCUGCCAAUUCCGUUCGGUCAUGAGGAUGGAUUACAUGGUCUACUUCAGUUUCUUCAUUUGGAUUUUCAUUCCCCUGGUUGUCAUGUGUGCCAUCUACUUUGAUAUCUUCUACAUCAUCCGGAACCGACUCAGUCAGAACUUUUCUGGCUCCAAAGAGACAGGUGCAUUUUAUGGGCGGGAGUUCAAGACAGCCAAGUCUCUGUUACUGGUUCUUUUCUUGUUUGCUUUGUCCUGGCUGCCUUUGUCCAUCAUCAACUGCAUCAUCUACUUUAAUGGUGAAGUGCCACAAACUGUGCUGUAUUUGGGCAUCCUGCUGUCCCACGCUAACUCCAUGAUGAACCCUAUUGUCUAUGCUUAUAAAAUAAAGAAGUUCAAGGAAACCUAUCUCUUGAUCCUCAAAGCUUGUGUGAUCUGCCAGCCCUCUAAGUCCAUGGACUCAAGCAUUGAGCAGACUUCUGAGUAG